GCCGACAAACCCUAGCUGGCCAGAACAGAUCAGAUGAGAAACUCGCGGUGUGUUACGAAUUCCAACAUGCUGUGGAUCAGGUGCAGCGCUCCGUUCACCUGGCGCUCUUCGUGUCCGGUUGGAUCCGUGAUGUGUCGGACUUCCGACAGCCUUGGCUCGAGGCGGCGAAGGCGAUCCGACGGACACCUGGUGAAAAAAAGGGGCCAUUUUGCUAUAGCGAUAGCCAGAACAUGCCAGAACCAUGCGCUUCUUAUGGCUUGAUUAUGCUGUGA